CCAAAAUUCAGUUCUUUGGGAACAUUGGCAGCGUUAAGAUUGGUUCGGUUGGUGCGCUUCCGACGAGUUUUCGUGCAAUUUCGGUCGGUUUCAUUUAACGUUUCGUUUCUCUGUGCACGCUGGAUCGUUGGUGAUCUCGUCUUUCUCGGCUACGCGAGAUUUGUGUUUCAUAUCGUUGAUUGAUCGUGUCUGGAUUUCUGAUUUGGGAAGCAGUUGAAAUAAAAAAGUUCUUGAAGAAAAUAUAUUCAAAAAAUACGAAGUUGGGGGGCAUCGUGACUAGUGAAAAGUGAGUUUUGCGGCAAUAAUCUGAAGAAGAUAAAAAAGGCUGACAGAAAAUUUGUGAAAAGCUAAGUGCUAUUUUAGAUAUAUAAACGUGGGAGUUAAAAAUUCAAUUCAAAACAAGAUAAAAAUUAGUAAAACUACUGAAACUGUUACUGUGACCGGUGUAAACUUUGAAGUCGUUUGAUAAUCUGUGCUACGGUCGCAUUACGCCAAUUUGGUGAAGGUUUGAUUCGCAUCAAUUCGUUUAAGAUACGGCGGCGGCAGCAAAACAGUAGGUAGUGAGCGAGCACCCCCGAGACAUAUCAUCUGCCAUCCACCAUAUCCAAACCGGCAGCAAUCAUUUGAUCGCAGUGUUUCGCGAUUUCGAUUGGAGGACGACAAGACGACGACGACGGUUUGUUUUUGUUGUUGUUUCAGACAGAGAGAGAGGGGGUGGUGAUCAUAUCAACUACACACUUUUGCAUUGGCGGGCUGAGGCCUGAAGCUGUGGCGUGGCGUCGUUGAGUUGUUGUUGAUGUGCCAAAAUCGCGAUUUGACGAGUAAAAAUUUGCCACCAAGUGUUAAAAAAAGAUAUUCCGCCACGACACCCGCUCCUUCAUUGGUCGGUUUGAUAUUCCGCCGCUCUCCAUCGUCUCAGUUGUAGGAUUUAAAGAAAAAAAAAGUUUAUUCUGAUUGAGUGUGAAACGACAGGGAAUGAUAAAUAAUUAUCCACGCCGGAAAAUUGGACCAAUUUUCUGAGAUCGAAUGUGAAAAUCGGUUCUGGUGCAUGUAGUGCACGAGUUUUUGGGGGAAAAUUUAAGAAAAAAGAGCAAUUCAAAAAUCGUGAAAGUAAAGCAAACAUCCAUCGACAGGAAAGUGCACACAGUGUUUUAGGGGUAGUUCGAUUGGCGAUCCGAGAGCCGGGAAAUUGAAUCGAUUCUGACGCGUCUGGUCGUCGUUUGAGUGGCAGGUGGACCACCGAAUAAAAUAAAACGGGAACAAGCAGCGGCCAAGAGCUGGCUGAGCAGCGUUGGAAAAUGUCAUCAUCGCCCCUGUUGACCAGUUACACUUUGCGCAUACGUAGCGAUACGAGUCCGGUGACGGCUUCGGCCACGAUCCAGACCAGUGGCAGUUCCUUCAAGAAGCUCAGCCUCAACGAUACCAACUCGUCGGCUAGCACCGGUUCCGGCGAGUCGACGGAUCCGCUUGAGUCGGAUUUCAGUGCCGAGGGCGACGAGGAGGAGGAGGAGGACGACAACCGCACCAAGGGGAGACAGUUUCGAAUCAUCAAACCAGAAGAGGACGAAGACGAGGACGACGACGAUUACGACGACGUUAAACCGAAACUAAACCCAGACGAAGAGGACGACGAGAACGACGAGGACGAAGACGAAGAAGACGAACCGGACGGACAGCGACUGGACCGCCAAAGCCAAGGUGCCCCCAAACUACGCAAUGUUGGUCGAUUUCCAAGCUCCUCUUCCGAUGACGACGAUGAUGGUACUCGGAACAGCGGCGACAGUGAUGAUGAUACUAGCGAUCUUUCUGAUAAGAACAAUAAUAUCAGCGGAGUUCGUGGCAAACAACCGCGGCAGCAUGAUCUGGAGGAUUUUCAGAUACUGAAAACUAUAGGAACGGGAACCUUCGGACGGGUGUGCCUCUGCCGGGACAAGGUAACGGACAAGUACUGGGCGAUGAAGAUUCUGGCCAUGGCCGACGUCAUCCGGUUGAAGCAGAUCGAGCACGUCAAAAACGAAAAGAACAUUCUGGAGGAAAUCGACCAUCCCUUCAUUGUGAAUAUGCGAUGGCACGCCAAAGACGACUGCUGUUUGUACAUGCUGUUCGAGUACGUCAGUGGAGGAGAGCUAUUUUCAUAUCUCCGGAAUGCUGGACGGUUUGAUAAUGCCACCUCAAAUUUCUACGCGUGUGAGAUUGUUCUGGCCCUCGAAUAUCUGCAUGCUCUGUCGAUAGUCUAUCGGGAUUUGAAGCCGGAGAAUUUGCUGUUGGAUCGGGAGGGACAUCUGAAGAUUACCGAUUUCGGUUUUGCCAAAAAGUUAAAGGAUCGGACGUGGACGCUCUGUGGAACGCCGGAAUAUCUGGCGCCGGAGAUCAUUCAAUCCAAGGGUCACAACAAAGCCGUUGAUUGGUGGGCGUUGGGUGUUCUCAUCUACGAAAUGGUAGUCGGUUAUCCGCCCUUCUACGAUGACAAUCCUUUUGGAAUCUAUGAGAAAAUCCUCAGUGGCAAAAUCGAAUGGUCCCGACAUAUUGAACCGAUAGCGAAGGAUUUGGUCAAGAAACUUCUGGUCCAGGAUCGAACCAAGCGGCUUGGCAAUAUGAAGAACGGAGCAGAGGACAUUAAGAGGCAUCGUUGGUUCAAGCAUCUGGAUUGGGAUGUCGUGUACAGGAGACAGCUUAAGCCUCCAAUAGUGCCAAAGUUCGUCCAGGAGGGCGAUACCAGCAACUUCGACGACUACCCGGAAACGGACUGGAAAUCGGCGCGCUCUCUGGAUAAGGUGGAAAUGCAGCUGUUUGAAGAUUUUUAAGAAGAAGCCCCCACCACCCCGUUUCGUUUUCGUGUUAAUUAGUUUUAAACCUACAUAUAUCUAUAUUGAUAACGUAGCGAUGAGCCAAAAUAGAAAAUAGCAUGAGGAAAGUUGAGGAAACAUAUAAAAUUGUAACUCUGGAUAAAUUUAUUAUGAAACUCUUAAAAAGAUGAAGUGAGUUUGGGUUACUCAUCAAUGAUAACUUUUAUAUAAAAAAUGCAUAUCGAAUACUGAUCACUUUAUUCAAUAAGAAAAGAUGUAAAUAUAGUACCUUGUGGAUAAGUGAACACAAACUUAAAAUGAAACAGAAAAUAACGGAAACUCUCACAUUAGAUGAAGCACCAAUAAACUAGAAGAAACAACUUUAAAAAGUCUUAAAACAAUGUGUUUCCCAAUCAAUACUGUAGAUUGUUAGGUUGAGCAUCCUACUAAGUUUAAUCGAUCCCUAGUUUACGUAAGAUACCUUACUUAAUAUUUAAUUUAAAGAAGAAAAACAACCACACAAUCACUGUGAUAGAGAGAGAGAGGAAAAUAAAACCGGAAAACCUGUGAAUUAAGUUUAUGACUUUUCCAUGCGAGGAAAAAGGAAGUGGUUAAAGAGCAUUAUCAAAAGAGAAAAUAAAAAUAAACAUUGAGAAAGCAGAAAAAAAAGAACUGUAAGGAAAUGAAAAAGCUUAGAAAACUUUAUUAGAAUAAUUGCAUCAGGUUUUACUUCCCCUUUUUUAAGCAAUAAACACAUUGUUUUAGUUUUUUCGUUGCAAGUUUUUUUUUUACGAAAUUCCCAAUAUUUUCCCAAAUAUGUUAUAGAAAAACGAUAUGAUAAUUUCCAAGAUCGUCAUAAAUGCAAAAUCACUAUUUACCAGACAAAAUUGAGGAAUUUACGGCAAAAAUAAUCUUAACUAGUUGCUAGUAAAUCUAAACGUAGGAAGAGUGUCACAUUGGAUGAACAAUAAAGGAUGUUUUAUAACUGAAA